CCAAAACCGAUGCUAUUUCUGUGCAGUAUGUGAUGAUGUAAUUCUCAAAAGCACGCAUCCUGCUGUAUGCAGGCCUACAUCCGGGCUCUGAGAGGAGUGAUAGGUUGCUUUUAGGCAGACAGAAGGGAGGCAAAAAUUGGGCACUCAAUUGUUAUGGUCCAGUGGAAAAUAAAUGUACGUAGAGUAGAGUAUGAUUCUGUAAUACUUCGCAUAAAGCUUUAAAAGAGUAAUUUCUCAUUGAGUCACCCAUGCCGUAGAUACCAUGUUUUUUCCAUCUGAAUGUAGCCGGUUGAAGGCGGUCUCUCCCCUUCAUUACGAUCGUUCUGAUCCCUCUUUUCCCUCGGUGUUCCAUUCCCAGUAGUUAGCUAGCCAGCAACCAUUCAGCUAACGAUAGUUUGCUAGCCACUGUGUUUCUAGCUACAUCCCUGUUCUGUUUCUGCAUGGUUUCACACAGCAAAUCGUAGCAUACGGAUUACGAUAGAAAGAGAACAAGAAAAUGGGGGCUUUUCUGGAUAAGCCAAAGAUGGAGAAGCACAACUUGCAUGGCGAGGGCAACAGCCUCCGCUACGCCCUGAGCAGCAUGCAGGGCUGGCGGGUGGAGAUGGAGGAUGCACACACGGCCGUGAUUGGACUGCCCAACGGUUUGGCCCCCUGGUCCUUUUUCGCCGUGUAUGAUGGACACGCAGGAUCCCAGGUGGCGCGAUACUGCUGUGAGCACCUGUUGGACCACAUCACCAACAACCCAGACUUUCGGGGAGUGGGCUGGGGCGGCAGUGGCAGUGUUGUUGUUGGUUGUGGUGGUAGUGGAGGAGGAGGACGAGGUGGCGGUGGGGGAGAGGAGGGCUCAGAGCGCCCUGAGCCGUCGGUGGAGAGCGUCAAGAAGGGCAUCCGCACGGGCUUCCUGCAGAUCGACGAGCACAUGCGGGCGCUGUCGGAGCGCAAGCAUGGAGCCGACCGCAGUGGCUCUACUGCAGUGGGCGUGAUGAUCUCGCCGCGCCACAUCUACUUCAUCAACUGUGGUGACUCGCGUGCGCUGCUGAGCCGGGGCGGGCGCGUGCACUUCUUCACGCAGGACCAUAAGCCCAGUAACCCGGCGGAGAAGGAGCGCAUCCAGAACGCCGGCGGCUCAGUCAUGAUCCAGCGGGUUAACGGCUCGCUGGCCGUCUCGCGCGCACUUGGCGACUUCGACUACAAGAGCGUGCAUGGCAAGGGCCCCACCGAGCAACUGGUGUCGCCUGAGCCCGAGGUGUACGAGAUCGAGCGCUCCGAGGCCGAGGACGAGUUUGUGGUGCUGGCCUGCGAUGGCAUCUGGGACGUCAUGGCCAAUGAGGAGCUGUGCGACUUUGUGCGCUCGCGCCUAGAGGUGACGGACGACCUGGAGAGUGUGUGCAACGAGAUUGUCGACACCUGUUUGUACAAGGGAAGUCGGGACAACAUGAGUGUGGUACUGGUGUGCUUCCCUGGGGCCCCCAAGAUCUCCCCUGAAGCUGUGAAGAGAGAGGCUGAACUGGAUAAGUACCUGCAGAGCAGAGUAGAAGAGAUCAUUAAGAAGCAGGGUGGCGAUGGCGCUCCGGACUUAGUCCACGUGAUGCAUACGUUAGCGACGGAGAGCAUCCCAAACCUCCCACCUGGGGGAGAGCUGGCCAGCAAGCGCAGUUUGGUGGAGGCCGUGUACAACAGACUCAAUCCCAACAAAGGCGACGACACAUGUGGGGCUACCAAAGAGGGCAGUGCAUAUGGAACCUCCAGACUGUAGAAGGGCUAAGGAGGAAGAUCCUCCCUUACCUUCCUCUCCUCUUUCACUCUUUUGCUCUCGUUCUCUGUCUCUCUCUUCCUCCCUCUCUCUCUGUCUCUCUCCCCCCUCUCUCUCUGUUUCUCUCUCCCCCACUGUCUACCCAUCUCUAUCUCUCACCUCUUUACAAAUUUUUAUAUUAUCGACGUUUCUCUAUUUUUCUCCUAUCUCGUUUUUCCUGUCUCUCUCUCGCUCUCUCUCUCUCUCUCCUUAUCUCUUUCUCUCUGAAGGACUCGGCAUCCACAGAUGACAUGUGGUAACGCAGCCUGCCCAUCUCUAAAGCACUCUUAUAUCACAAAUGCCACCUAGCCAUUCGAGGCCAACCCCAGCCACACACCCCCCUCCACCCACACACACCCACCCACCCACACACACACACACACACACACACACACACACACACACACACACAUAUACACAAGCCAUCCGUGCUCUUUGCACUGCCUGGGCAGGACUCUGGUACAACAGAAAGGAAUACGAAUGGAUGUGGGUGGCUUUGACUGGACAGAGGUGAAUGACAAAGAGGAAGAAGAGGAACAACAACAACAACAACAAGCACAACUGACCACUUCCUGUCACAAAGAACCAACCCAUCACCCUAACCCUUGGCAUUGCACGGCAACAGCCCAUCUUGGAAGCUCCGCACUGAUCCACGUCCUCUGUUAUCUCUUUCGUUUCUAUUUGUGGUGGGCACAUUUUCUUUUUUUUGUGUGUGUGUUUUCAGAACAAUAGUUUUGAAGUAAGUGGAAAUGGGUUACUUUCUGGGGUGGUUGUGGGUUUGUGUAGGUCAGUUUGAAUGGAUAUGUUUUGUUAUGCAUUAGUUUUCGUUUUGGUGGGAGUGAGAAUAUGAGGGAGAGAUUUAUGUGUUUUCAAUUUAGAAAAAAGAAAAUCUCUGUGAAGUGCAAUUGUCCUUCUGACUGGCAGAAUAGGAAGCCUAUAUUUAUCAAAGUUUGUGAUGAAGUAUAAACAAACAAACAAACAAACAAACAAACAGAUAAACAAACAAAAAGAAGAAAAACAAAAGCUCACUGGGAAAAUAAAAGGAGAGUAACUGACUGCUCUCUAACCUCCCAGGUCAAAGGUUGGCUCUUUUUCUGUGGUUAUGGAUGAGAUGCGGGACAUGUGGCUCACCCCGAACAAUCACUAUGGUGAUUUAAAAAACUAAACAAAACAAAACAAAAAAAACUUUCUUUAAUUACUAGAUUUUUAUUGUUGUGUUUACUAUUGCUACCUGACUGCGUCUCCUCUUUCCCUACUCCCUGCUCUUUCUCCUUUUCCUCGUGCCAUUUCUUUCCUCUCCCCCACACUCUUCACUUCCCUUCUUUCAGUAGGAUUGUGUAUGCUUUGUUGUGUGUGUGUGUGUGUGUGUGUGUGUGUGUGUGUGUGUGUGUUCGCGUGUGUGUGCACGCACGCGCUUGCUCGCCUGAGUAAACCGCUAUCCUUGAGCUAGCGUGAAUGUGUGAGUGCAAUCAGGUGUCGAUGCCUGCGUUGGCCGCUCACAACGAAAAUCGUGCGGUGUAGAUGUAUGUGCACACACUCAAAUGGCAAGGGCAGCAUCAUUGUGUGAUUGCUAGUGGGGAAGACUUAGACCCUGCGGGCCCGUGAUUGUCUUCUCACCCUUAUAGUAUAGGGGUGCAUAAAGUAUGUGUUGUGAAGGCCACCUUCACGCUCGUUUUUUUUUUGUCUCAUUAUUUUUUGCUUGUGAAUGAAGCCUGCCGGCCUGCUAGACAUGAAGCAGAUUGCACCUUUGUUAAAAAAAGACAAGAAUAAAAAACACUAACUGCCUCAUACUCAGUUUUUUUGCUUUGUCUUUCCCUGUGCACAACAAAUGGACAACAGAAAGUUGUCGUUGUUGGCCUGUAAAGAGUUUAGGUGUUCUGGACAAAAGCAAUGUGGAUGUCCUUGAAUACAGCCAUUGUUUCCCUUUGCCUUCAUGUAUAUGAAGACUUAAGGAGGACCUAUUAUGCUCAUGUUCAAUGUUUGUAAUUUUAUUCUUGUUUUUUACUGGAAUAGAUUUACAUGCUUCAAUGUUCCAAAACCACAUAGUUUUUCACAUACUGUACAUCUCUAUUCACCCUCUGUCUGAAACGCACUUUAGCGCUCCUGUGUUUUUAAGCCCCCCCCCCCCCUCCUCCUGAUGAGCACAGUAUGCUCUGAUUGGUCAGCUAGGCUAGCAGUAAAGAUUGUAUUAUGAGAUGACGUCAUCUUGUAACAAAGGAAAAGGGCUGUAAAAGCGGGAACUCUGGGAGAGAGAGUUACUCCCUCUGGUGUGCAGUUUGGGCUUUGUGACUGCAGAUCGUUUACUUGCACAAAAAGCUAUAUAACACACUAAAGGAAAGGGGGGGGGGGGAACGGCAUAAUAGAUCCUCUUUAACAUUUCAGUGUUACCAUUCCUUAUUAGUGGUACAUACAAUACUACUGUCCUGUAUUAUAUGCACCACGCCAGUUAUCCAGAGUCCAGUUUCAGCCCAGCAAUAGUGUGGGUAAUAAAGUUUAAUCCCCAAUUGGUCUGGUGCAUCAAUAUACACCCAGAAUACAUACUCCAGAUAUAUAUACGUAUGUGCAUUGUAAUGCCUUGCGCGUACGCUUGAUGACGAAUCUUGAUGACCGCAGAUGUACCGAGGAUAAAUAUGUGAGCACCCUUAUUCAAAUGAGGCUUUUGCACAUAUUUUACACUGGGUUUUACAGUGCUGUCACAGUUAGUCAGACAAGAAAUGAGUGACCGUUGUUUGGUGAAAAACAUGUUUGGCUAAUGCAGAAUUAAUAGAAGAUAUGAAUGUAACUAAUGAAAUUAAAGACGGCUAUCUUGACCUUUCAACCAAAUUUUCCCAACAUCGAAUCACUGGACAGGGAAAGUGUUUAAAUUGUCUUAGCCUCUAGAAUUUCAGAACACAAAUGAUCUGUUUUCCACUGAUCUCUUUAUUUCCUCUCCUCUAUAAGAAUAGAUACGUUCAAGUAAACAGUGUCCAGUAAAUAACUGUCUUGCAAUCAUGCUAAUUUGAACAUGAGUCACCGUCACCAAAACUUAUUUCAGACAUCUGUGUGUGUCAAAAUUAUAUUCAUUUUGCAAACAGGCCGACACAAUCUGAAUGAUGUUGCCCAAUGACAUCUGAAUGAUCGAGAGUCCAAUUCUCUGCACAUGUGUGCAUAGUUCAACUUUUUAGUUCUUUGCAGGAUAUGACAAGCACUCAUCUUUUAACAGUCAGCCUUCAGUACAUCAGGGUUACGGUGUAUAUCCUUUUCAGGGAACUCACUUACUCACUAUCCAAAAGGAGUAGCUAGUUGAGCAGAUGAGUGAGGUAUACAUGAAAUAAAGGUAGAAGGAUGUUAUCCGUGUUUGCAGGAGAGCAGCAAGAAAUUACCCAUGUUUUACACAAACAGACGCAGCAUAGGUGGUUUUUGCGCAUGGCACAUUUUCACAGGAGCGCGACUGAAAAAUCCAUCCCACCUAAGCAUCCACCUGUGGGAUUUUGAAGGCAGGAUCGAGAUAAAACGUGAAACAUGCGAGCGGGAGCAGGGCAAAAUGUUACACAUGGACAGUCCUGUGGGACUGAGAAAUGUAUCCUGAGAUUUCCUCACUUUUAAAGAAUACACAUACAAUUACAGGCCUUUAAUCUAUAGAGAAAUCAGUCCUUAUAUGGUGCGGAAAUCAUUUAAAGACUGGAAGAGGAGGAUGUGAAUUUACCCUCUUGGUUUGAACAUGAAAGAGAGGUAGAGGACACUGAAAUGGAUGAAACAAGGCAGAGCUGGUCUUUGUCAGAAACACAGAGGUGGGACCAUGCCUAGCAAUGGAAAUGUCCCUGAUGUAAAAGAAGUCCCUCGAGUGCUGUUAAUUGAAGGAUGAAAAAAGGAUGUGUUUUUCGUUAAAGCUGUUUAGGCACAAGGAGACGUGGAGGUCAAAGUUCACACGCUUCAAUAAUUUACCUGGGGUUUCAGAGGAUUGCUUGAAAAGAGUGCUUUUGUUCUUUCUCGACUGAGCGGAGUCUUAUAAUUUCAGAUUUAAUGUGUGUUUUGAUAAGUAUGAAUGUUAAGUGAUGCUUGUGCUUAUGCUCUUGAGAUGGGUUAUAAAUGUUUGAAUUGCACAGGAGGAGAUGGCAGGAGAUUGCACGUGAUGGACAUUGUGUUCCCGUCCUCUCUGAAUGGCUUUUAAAUAUCAUCCCUCUGGAGAUUUCAUUAAGAUUUCCUCACUUUUAAAGAAUACACUGCCCCUCACCCUUUAUAUAUUUCAAACAGUAGAAGACGAUGGUUGUAAUUAGCAAGGCCAACCAUCUAUCUGGUGUCCUCUGAUAUGAUGAUGCUUUGAAGAGAGCUGGUAGAAUCCCACUGUGCUGUAUUUGUAAGGGCAGGGUGAAGUUCACCUUUUAUUUCAGGAACAUAUCGGUUUUUUGCCAGGCAAACCCAUCAGAGGCAGCUUACCACUGAUGUCAGUUGUCACCAAAUGUAUAAGAAAGCACAGGGCACAGACUGUUUGCCUGUUAACACAAAGCUCCAAGCUUUCUGUGGCUUUGCCUUAACAAAAUUAAAUUGAUUCAUAUUGGCCAGUCCACAUACCAGUGAAUAACAUGGAAACUGCUACUCUCGUUAACAGCCCAUGUGGGCAUUAUUCUUUUAUAUACAUCCAAGUCCUGUAGGACUUCAGCUCGCUCCAUGCUUGCCACAUGAUUGCUUGCUAGUCUUGCUAAGCGGUUUGACGUAGCCUUAACACUCAAGUAAGCUUCGCCAAGGAACCCAGGCGAAAUUUCUUCUGAGGUUCUUGUAUGGAGAGAUUGAGCAAACAGCCUUGCAAACCCCGCUCUCACAGAUGCUGUGUGACAUUGUCCUCCCCCUAAAGCCAGAGGGCCAUUCAGACAGAGAGCUAUGACAUCUGUAUCACAGCGAUACCGUACUUGAAAAAAAUUUAUGGUUAUUUUUUCCAUUUUUUUUGUCAGAUCAGAUCUGCGAUCCAUCUCCUUCUCGCUAUCCAAGGCUAAUGUCAUAGUCAUAGUAUUGUGUGUGUGAAUCUUCAAAGCUCCAAGCGUGACUGUGACUUUGCCAACUAACUCAGAUGUGCAAAUGCUGAAGUAUCAUGCCAGUCUUAAGCUUUCUAUUCAGUGGGCCCGCGUGAACCACACACAACCCUGCUUGUUUGCAUUAUAUUUACGUCUGUGAGCACCAACGCCAACUAGCGAUUUUUAUUAAUACAUUAAUCCAAAGUUACACAUGCUGUGUAGUCGUGACCGCUUACCCACUUUAAGUGGAACAGAUUAUGUCAACCCCAGAAGUCAUGCCCUGAUUGUAUAUUUUCUAAUCUCUUGCAUGAGAUCUUGCGUGUAUUGAGCUUCAUGAACUAAACUCAGAUAUGAUAGGUCUGUCUGUUUUUGCAAGGCUCUGCAACGGAGGUUCAGAAUACCAGGCUCUGUUGCAUGUGCUUCAUGUUUUAUGUCAGGCUUAUGUCAACUCAUAUCGGUUUUAGCAAAUGGCGUAAAGCCGUUCGCUCUUAAGUUGGCUUGCUUGCACCAAAUGGGAGGACUUUUGGUUUAGUUGAACCUGGCUUUGCCAUUAUUGACCUCCUCGAAAUUUGCGCUGGUCCAUUGUACAUUGCCUGCAUUAGAAUCAGCUCGUAAUGGUCCUUAUAUUUGCUGGUUGUUACCGACAUCUGUAGGCCCUUGCUGUUGUGUUGGACGGCAUCAUUUUGAGUCGCCCUUUUAAGGUAAAUGGAAGCUCACAAAAGAUAAGCUCUUCCUAUGUCUGUAUUUCUUCCCUCUGGUGAAGACUUAUUGUUAUUAUGUGCUGACCCAGCUACACAGCCGACCGCAGUACCUCACGAUUGUUUACCACAAGCACUUACCGCAUCUCAUCUAGCCGCCCGCUUGGGAACGACGUGGUUAACAUGUAUGUCUUUGUAUGUGUUGAUCUGAUGCAGUCUCUCUCUCUCUCUCUCUCUCUCUCUCUCUCUCUCUUGGUCUUUCAAUCUUCUGCUAAUGUUUUCCCUAUGUUUUUUUUGUCUCCAUCUUAGUAUGUCACUGUCUCUCUGUAUCCCUCUUGGGAUUCACACAUGUUAAACUCGUGUGUCGUUGGAUUUAAGGGUUGUGGAUAUAAACAUGGGUGUGUGGACUGUACUAAAUAGUGAAUGUUGUGAUCUCUGAUCCCUAAUAACUUCAAUCUUAUAUUUAUUGAAUUUGAGACGAAGAAAAAGUGUCUAGUCAUCCAGGGCUACCUAACGAAUCCUAAAGGUAGCUGUUUGAUGUUUUUUUUAAUUUUUUUUAUAGAAAGUAGAUAUUGUUCCUUGGAGUAGCCUUUGUUUUCCUCUUGACCAUCUGUUACCUUACGUUGUGUGUCCUUAACAGAUGCCCCCCUUAUUUUUGUCUAUCAAUGAAAUACAAUUAAAAAAAUGGGAUUUUAUUAGGAUUUUAAAAGAAUAAUAUAUUCAGGCUAAAUACUUGACUUAUUUGGAAGAUGAACCACUAUUGAGACUUUCUGAAUCAAAUUGUAUUUGCACUGAUUGGUGGCCAAUGUUGGGUUUUCUGGGAUGUUCAAAACAAAAAAUCACUCAGAGGAAAAUAUGAUUCAGCAACAGGGUAACAUAUAUUAAACCAGCUACUGAAACAUUAAUGAAAAUACAAAAACAAAGAUAUGUAUAGACACAAUCUUUUUAACAGAGUUAACAAGAUGAAAAUACAAUAUUCUGCUUAGUGUCUCAUUGGGAGGAUCCAUUGAAACAGCCCAAAUUCCUUUUUGCUGUGUUCUGCCCAGACAUUGUGCUGUUGACUGCAAUUUACCCUUGCGUCUUUUCCCUAUAUUUUUUGGGCCAUGCCACAGCCUGACAAGCAGGUUACAUUUGCAAAGGCCAAGCCAAACCGUGAUUUGCAGUGCCCUACCCUGAGUAUGGUAUGAUGAAGUCAACAGCAAGCCAAUUGUGUUGAUGAAUAGCGUAUAGCAUGGAGGGUGGGGGUGAGGGGUGCGGGGCAAGAAUAACAGCUGAGACAUUUGGACUGUUUUAAUGGUCUCCUUUGUGCUCCACUCUGGCGGUUGAACGUGAAUUAAAGAAAUUACAGCAGUGGCACAACAAAAACAAAAUGUCAACAAAAAAAUACCAACCAAGAUGGGCAACAAAGACAAGCUCCACAGUUGAGCUGCCCAGCAAACCUUUUAAUUCACUGAUAAGCUCACCAUUUUGCCUUACGAACUGAGCUCUACCCCAGCUUGCUUUGAGAUUGGUCGCAGGACCCAAGCUUUUGAGACGUGACCCCACUCACCAAGUUGGCCAUUUCUAUGUCGACUGUACCUAUGUCAUAAGCUACAGCUUAGCUAUAAGCUAGAGCGCAAUGCGUGCACACUUCACCCAGUGAGAGAUUGUUUUGAUUGUCUCUUUAAAAAAAAAAAUGUAUUUGCUUUUUUGAUGAUGAUGAUGACGAUGAUGAGUAUAGCUGUGAUAUGAUGAUGUAAAAUUAUUCCACAUAAAAAAAUGCUCAUGUUAGUAUUAAUAUUGCACAUCGCAGAAGACUAAAGAAAAAAUGUACUCCCCUAUCCCCCAGUGUGUAGGUUUGUGUAAUGCAGCAGUAAUGUCAGCCAGCCUUUCUCCACCUGCUUCCUUAUGAUUGUCUGUGGUUGAAUUUUACACAACGGCUUGGUAAUUGUAUAUUUUGUAUUACGUAUUUAAUUCCAAAGAGAGGAAAAAUAAUGAUCUUUCCCCCGUUUCCUCGUGUCUUUCUUUCAGUGCCCCAGCAAUGACCAUCUGUUUGGAGUCAGCUGAACAAAUUGCAUUCCUUGCUGUGUGAAUUGUUGCUUCUCUCCGUUUUGUUUUCUUCCCCACUUUUAUGUUCUUUUGAGCCCUUUUCUCUUUCCUUUUCUGUUGUUGAUCGGUUUGAAAAUGAGUUUCUAGUUUAGAAAACGUGUCACUAAAUAAAUGGGUUUCUGCCA